AUGAGAGGUCAAUACAAUGGCAUUCAAAGCUUAAUUAUUCAAGAAAAUCCACAAGCAAUAUUUGUUUGGUGCUGUAGUCAUCGACUCAAUCUUGUUGUCUCAGAUUGUACAAGCACUUGUACAAAUGCUAUGGAUUUAUAUGGUAACCUUGAGAGAUUAUAUGACUUCAUUUCUUGUAGUAAAAUACGUAGUUCAUUAUAUGAAAAUAAUUUGAAAAAUUUGUAUCCUGGUGAGCAAGUACGUAGAUUGAAGCGAGUGUCCACUACAAGAUGGAUGUUACAUAAAGCAGCUUUGGAUAAUGUUCUAAAAACUUUUUUAGCUAUUAUUGAAACAUUAGAAAUGAUGUGUGAUAGUGAAGUUACAUGUGAUAAUAAGUCAAGAUCAGAAGCUAAUGGAUUUUUGAGUUAUUUACUAUCAAAGAGAUUUGUUUAUACAGCAUUCUGUUUUAAAACAGUUUUAACCAUUUUAGAACCGGUAUCAGCAAUUUUACAAAAAAAAGACUAUGAUAUUCUUUCAGCAACACUUUUAUUACAAAGCAAGUAUGAAGAAUUAAUCCAACUACGUACAGAUGAAGCUUUGAAAAAUAUAAUAAGUAAUGCAGAUGAAUUUAUUGAAAAUACUAGUUUGGAAUUUUCAUCUUUAGUAGAAGGACGAAUUAGAAGAAAAAAAGUGAUGUGUGGAGAAACAAGUCGGGAUGAGCCACUGGCAUGCUCUAAUACAAAUUUCCGUGUUAAUACCUUUUUUGUAGUUAUUGAUCGAGUAACUUCUGAACUAAAUCGACGGUUUUUUGAUCAAAGUGAAAAUAAUGUACAGCAAAUUGGUGUUUAUAAAGAUAUUGCACUCAUGACUAAAAAACGAAUUAAAGAAGUUCAAUUAGACUCAAACAGACUUCCUAGUGAUGCGUUUAUGGCAUUUUGUGGUGUGUAUGGAAAGUAUUUGAAUAUUAAUGAACUUAAAUCAGAGUACUUGACAUUCACUAAAUGCAUUGAUGCUUUUUUUAAAACAAAUGAACUCCCAACCAGUCUCCAUGAUUAUCAAAAUAAUGAUAUCAGUGAUAACAGUAACAGUGAUAGUUGUCAAGAAAAUGAAGAUAUAGAUGAUGCGUGUAAUGAAAACCUCAGAAGUUUACUACCAAUAUUUAGAAUGUUCAUGAAAAAUAAUCUUGUUGGUAUAUUUCCUAAUAUAUACAUAUUUUUAAAAAUAUCAUUGACAUUACCAGUGGGAAGCGUUUCUACAGAGAGAAGUUUCUCUAAAUUAAAAUUAAUUAAAAGUAGACUACGUUCUACUAUGACAAAUGAUAGGCUAGAAAGUUUAAUGACUAUAUCUUGUGAAUAUGAUAUUAAUAUUGAUUAUGAAGAAGUACUCAAUUUAUUUAGUCAAACUAGUCCUCUAUUGUUUAAAAUAUUAAAUUAUUAA